AUGAAUUCUUCUGCAACGAUGAUGUCCAACGACGUUGCAGAAGGAUCGAUUAGAUCCAGUGGCGAGCAGCAGCCCCAACCGGCACCGCCUCUAAGCAGAUAUGAGUCUCAAAAGAGGAGGGAUUGGAACACUUUUGGACAGUACUUAAAGAAUCAAAGACCUCCAGUAGCAGUUUCACAGUGCAAUUGCAACCAUGUUCUUGAAUUUCUCCAGUACCUCGAUCAGUUUGGAAAAACUAAGGUUCAUUUACAAGGCUGUGUGUUUUUUGGACAUCCUGAUCCUCCUGCACCUUGCACUUGUCCUCUUAAGCAAGCUUGGGGUAGCCUUGAUGCACUGAUCGGACGGCUAAGAGCCGCUUACGAAGAACACGGUGGAUCACCGGAGUCGAACCCGUUUGGGAAUGGAUCAAUCCGUAUGUAUUUGAGGAAAGUGAAGGAGUGUCAAGCUAAGGCUAGAGGAAUUCCAUACAAGAAGAAGAAGAAAAAGAAGAAAAUUAUCAAUCCACACAAGGCACAAGAGGAGCAGCUAAACAUUAAUCCAAGCAAUAAUCCAGUUAGCUGA